GGCGAGCCCCACCCCCGGCUACUCGGGGCUGGGCGCUGGGCUCUGGGUCGCGCGGGCGGCGCCGCUCGGCUCUCGCUGGCGUUUGCCUCGGCCCGGCUCCCUCCCGGCGGCGCGGGCGCGGCGCGGCGCGCUCCCGUCAGCCUCUCCCGGCCACCGGCCGCCGUCUGCCCGCAGCCAGGCUCCGCGCGGGCGCCGCGCUCCGGUCGGGCGCCCCCCUCGGCCGUUUCCGGAGGAAGGAGAAGCGCAGCUGCCCCCUCCCCCCUUCUCCGCCUUCCUCCCCCUCCUCCUCCUCUCUCGCUCCCUCCCUCCCGGCCCCCCCUCGGCGCGAGCGGAGCGCGGAGUCACCGCGGCGCACGGACGGGCCCGGCGGCACUCGCACACAAUGGCGCUGAAACGCAUCAACAAGGAACUUAGCGACUUAGCCCGUGAUCCUCCAGCACAGUGUUCAGCGGGUCCCGUUGGAGAUGACAUGUUUCAUUGGCAAGCCACAAUUAUGGGACCUAAUGACAGUCCAUAUCAGGGUGGUGUAUUCUUCUUGACAAUUCACUUUCCUACAGACUACCCUUUCAAACCACCUAAGGUUGCAUUUACAACAAGAAUCUAUCAUCCAAAUAUUAACAGUAAUGGCAGCAUUUGUCUCGAUAUUCUAAGAUCACAGUGGUCUCCUGCUUUAACUAUUUCUAAAGUUCUCUUAUCCAUUUGUUCACUGUUAUGUGAUCCAAAUCCAGAUGACCCACUAGUGCCAGAGAUUGCACGUAUCUAUAAAACAGACAGAGACAAGUACAACAGAAUAUCUCGGGAAUGGACUCAGAAGUAUGCCAUGUGAUGCUACCUUAAAGUCAGAAUAACCUGCAUUAUAGCUGGAAUAAACUUUAAAUUACUGUUCCUUUUUUGAUUUUCUUAUCCGGCUGCUCCCCUAUCAGACCUCAUCUUUUUUUAUUUUUUUGUUUACCUCCUUCCAUUCAUGCACAUGCUCAUCUGAGAAGACUUUAGUUCUUCCAGCUUUGGACAAUAACUGCUUUUAGAAUCUGUAAAGUAGUUACACAAGAACAAUUGCCCAAGAUUCAGAUUUUUUUUUAAUGGAGCAUGUGUAUUAUGUGGCCAAUGUCUUCAUUCUAACUUGGUUAUGAGAUUAAAAAAAAAAACAACAAAAAACAAAAACAUUCCUCACUGCUCUAACAGAUACUGAAGAUAUCACCUGAAGGGGGGAGGGGGGAGAUGGAUGUUCUGUUUUCUCCCAUCAAAGAAGUAACAUUGCUGUAGCAACAUCCAUCUUGUUCUAAACCUUCCAGUGUUAGAGAACUGAGGUUUUGCUAUAUACUUUUGCUCAUAACUGAUGUGUCUGGAGAAUUGGUACUGAAUCUAUAGCAUCAGCAGAACAGAAAAUGUGAUGUAUCUUAUGCAUGUCAAUAAAGGAAUGACCAGUUCUUGUUUUACAGAGAAUGGAAAUUGGAAGUCAGACAUCCCUUGUAUUCCAAAAUAGGGUCUAAGAACAUUUUUGUAAUUCAUUUAAAUUUUGUUAGGAGGCUUGGAGCUAUUAGUUAAUCUGUCUUCCAAAACACUGUUUAAUAUAGCACUGAAUAAAUGAUGCAAGUUGUCAAUGGAUGAGUGAUCAACUAAUAGCUCUGCUAGUAAUUGAUUUAUUUUCUUCAAUAAAGUUGCAUAAACCAAUGAGUUAGCUGCCUGGAUUAAUCAAUAUGGGAAACAAAAUCUUUUGUAAAAGCAAAGCUGGUUUUUGUAUAUACUGUUGGGAUUUGCCUCAUUGUUUAACAUCAAAUAAUGAUGUAAAGUUCGAUAGAGCGAAUCUUUUGCCAUUUUCAGUUAUAAUACUCAGUCUGUUGCAGGUUGACACAUUGUUCGGCCUGAUGUAUGCAGAAUUAAUAAGCUAACAUAGUAGUGUAGCCUUAGUUGUGUGCUACACUUGGUGCUGGGAGCCCAGCGUUCAAGGAUGGACUUGGGACCCAGCAGAUCUGAAGUGGUGUGUUGUGGAGAUGCUUCCUGAUGCACCUGUGUUUGCUGACUGAGAACCUUUUUCUUCACCUUGUACGCUUGACAGCUGAAAGAUCUUAAUGUGGGAGUAAUGAUGAGGCAAAAAAUAUAAAAUAAAGUACUGUUUUGAUGUGGGAAUUGUCAUGAGGCUGUGUUGAAGUGACUUUACUAUGUGGGAUGUUCGUUACCAUUGAAAAGGACUUGUUCAGCCAUGCUGCCAUUUACAUUAAUGACUAUUUUAAUGCAACAGACACUUUCCUCAUGUCAGGUGACUAAACGUGAAUAAAGACUCAUUGCUAUUGGA